AUGUCUUUCAAGAUCACAAGCACCCCUAAAUCGUUGGAGCUUCUUCAAAGGGAGAGAAAAUACUCUGCCCAUAACUACACCCCAAUGCCGAUCGUGUUCGACAUCGCGCAGGGGAUCCAUGUCACCGACGUGGACGGCAACGAGUUCCUGGACUUUGGUGCCGCCUACUCGGCCGUCAACACGGGACACAAUCAUCCAAAGAUCGUGGAGGCCAUCAAGGCUCAGUACGAUAAGUGUGCUUUGCCGGCCAGAGCAUUUACGCACUCGCUAUUUGCGGAUUUUUGCGAGACGUUGUGCACCACAUUUGGAUUCGAGCGUGUGCUCCCAAUGAAUGGAGGAGGCGAGGCUGUUGAGUUUGCGAUCAAACUAUGUCGUUCUUGGGGUUAUGUGAAGAAGAAGAUUCCGCCUAACGAAGCCAAAGUUAUGAUGGUUGCAAACAACUUCCACGGCAGACUUAUUGGGGUCACAUCCGGCUCGACCAACCCCUCCGCGCGCAAGAACUACGGUCCGUUUGUUCCUGGCGUGGGGGCCUCCUAUGGUGACGGCAAGACCCUGAUGUUCAACGACGUUGCUGGGCUCGAGGAGUGCUUCAAGCUUGAGGGUGAUAAGAUUGCCGGUGUUAUCAUUGAGACCGUGCAGGGCGAGGCAGGAGUCUAUCCGCCAAACGCGGGCUACUUGGACUCAGUGCGUGAGCUCUGCACCAAGUACAAUGUGUUGUGGUGUGCAGACGAGAUCCAAAUGGGGUCUUAUAGGUGCGGUCCAAAACGCUGGGCAUAUGAAAACACCAGCUCGUCUAAGCCAGACGUCCUGAUCACGGCCAAAUCCAUCACCGGCGGCCUGUACCCGGUGUCUGUGGUGUGUAGCUCGUCUGAAAUUAUGGACUCUAUCGAGCCCAACACCCACGGUUCCACCUACAGUGGUUCUCCUAUUGGUUGUGCUGCAACUCUGGCAGCUCUAAAGGUGUACGAGGAUGAAAAACUCGGCGAGUGCGUCGCGGCACUGGGACCAUAUAUGCUGGAGGAACUCCACAAGCUCGUCGAUACCACAGACCUAGUGGAAGAGGUUCGCGGUGUUGGUCUCAUUGCCGGAGUCGACCUCAACACCGACCUGUUGGCCAAGAACAACAUGACGGUCUGGCAUGCUUGUAUGUUUAUGCGCGCCAUGGGAAUUGCUUGCAAGGAGGUCCACAGCAAAACGAUCCGGUUCUGUCCACCAUUGGUGGUCACCAAGGCCCAGAUCGACGAGAUGCUGGCUGCUUUCCGUCUGUGCUGCGAACAGCUGCCAAAACUUAAGCCGGAAGAGAUCCCUGGUGUUCAGGACUUCCACUUCUUAGCUCACUGA